AUGGCAUCUUUAGUCGAAGCUUUGUCGACUGUUCACUUGUCUAAAGAUGUGAAAACAUCGCCCCAAACCGAUGUUCAUCAUGAACAGAUUCAACAAUUAUCGCCUCGUGUCUAUGGCAACGUUCGUAGAGGAGAUGUGAUUGUGAUUUGGUUGGGGAGAAAAGAAUCUUCGUUAAAAAAUGCACUUAUCGAAUAUUUAGUUCCUCGUGAUAUUACUUUAGUUCUUUUAUCUAUCGAAGAACAACUAUGGUGUUGGUUGAAUACAUAUUCAUUAUUAACAGUUGCUUGUUUAAUCAUUGAGACAAGUACAACAACAUCUGAAGAAGUGGCAUGUCGUUGUAGAACGAUUCCUUCAAUUCGAUCGAUGUUGAUUCGUUGUUGUUCACAUGAACUAACUCGUUUACAACGAACAUUGAGAUCGAAUACGAAGAUUGAUGGUAUAUUUAGUGAUGACACACGUUUGUUGAUCAAACUAGUCAUUGAUGUUGCUCUGUUUUCUGAAGAAAUUGGGGAUGAUCAUGCUGAAAAUGAUAAUGAUGAAGUUAAUAUUCGAAGGAACUAUGAUCGUGCACUUAGUUUAUGUGCACUCGCGAAAAGACUGUAG